CGUCCAUUUUUAAAUUGAAGCGCUGGUGGAUGAAAAUUGAUUUUCUAGCACAGAAGAUUCAAAAUUAGAUAUCUACACAGCGCACUUUACUUUUACACAGCUCUGACCUAGUCUAGAACCAAAACUCAGACUUAGUAAGAUAACAGUCUGUGAAUACUUACUGGUAACUAAAAAAAAUAAUAAUGGACGAUUUAACAGCAUCUUUAGCUGGAACUUUGGAUAUAAGCCAGGACCCCAAUAAAACCUCUGCACCUCAUCCAAGGUUUUGUCAAUACAAACAAAAGUCAUCUGGCUAUGAUCAGGAUUCAAGGCGUAAAAAGAUUUUGGAAAGUCAGAAAAAUAGAAGGUUUGAUUUCUUAAAUCUAGUUAGAAAUCUAACUGAUGAUUGUUGGGAUGAGGAUUCCAAAGAAGAAAAGGAGGAUGAAAAUUUAAUGGAGAUAGAUGUAGCUCUAAAAAAGCCUGGCCGGUUUUAUAAAGAUCAGUUGAUGUUAUCUGAAUGGCUAGUCGAAGUUCCAAAUGAUUUUGCCUCCGAAUGGAUUACUGUAUUGUGUCCAGUAGCUCGCCGCUGUUUAAUUGUUGCAUCAAGGGGAACAACAAAGGCCUACACUAAAAGCGGAUACUGUAUGAAUAGUUUUCCUUCACAUUUACCAGGAGGCUUCCACAAAAAUACUUGUAAAGGUAGCACCAUAUUAGACUGUUUGUACCAUGAGGCUAGUCAAACAUACUACAUUCUGGAUUUAAUGUGUUGGAAUGGACACACAGUCUAUGAUACAGAGACAGAAUUUCGCUUUUAUUGGUUGCAUGAGAAGUUAAGAGAGACUCCAGCACUGAUUGAAGUAUCCAGAACCAAUCCUUACAAGUUUAUUGGUUUGCCAGACUUCUGCAGUACUUCUGAGGACAUUUGUUCAGCAGUCACGUCUGCUCAAUUCCCAAUUGACGGCCUAUUGUUUUACCAUAAAAGAACUCAUUACACUUUUGGAAGUACCCCAUUAGUGGUGUGGCUGAAACCUUACAUGUUACAAGAAAUUUUGGGCAUUACUGUUCCAGAUCAUCAGAUGACUCACAUGCCUAAAGACUACAGUAACUAUGCUGACCACAUGAAAAAGGUCGAAGAAGACAAAAACAAGAUUCAACAAGAAAAGCAGAGCAAAAGAACUAAAACUCGUCGAGGCCAAAAGAAUAAGAUGUCCCUUGAAAUGGAGUUGGAACAAUCAGAUGUGACAAAUGGCACAUGUCCUGAGAGUUUAGAGGACAAUGCUUUAGUUUCUGAAACAAUUUGUGACACUUGAUUAAAAUAAUAUUGACUUCAAUAUGUAAAUGUAAUUUAAUUUAAUGUUUGUAUAAGACACAUUAUUAUUUAGUUAAGUUAUUCUUUAAAAUUAAGUAGUCAUCAAAAUUUAAAGUUCAGUUUUGAUACAUGGCUUUCCAUAAUUCCUGAAAAAUAUGUAGUGUUAAUUUAUUACAAUUUUGUUAUCUAGAUUUCUGAAAUGCACUUUUAUAUAAUAUUUUUUCAAAUUACUGUUGUUUUACACUCAUAUGAAUAGAAUUUUGUAAAACUGUAGUGUUACAAAUAAAUCUAUUUACAGUUAGUUAAUAAGAUCCUCUAACAAUUAUUUUAAAGAAUUAUGCUAUUGUGUUAUUGCAGUACCUAAUGGUAUAAGUUUGAUAUUUCUAUUACAAUGUUGCUGUUUUUUAACUUGUAUAUAAUUUGUACAUAAUAUUCUGAUAAAUAUUAAUAAAAUUUAUUUAUCAA